GUUAGCUUCCUGGGUGAGAGGGGGCGGGGAUGGCGAAGUCGGUCGGGCGCCGCAGCUGAGUCUGGGGGCUGAAGGGGCGGCUGUGGCGAUUGAUCCGCGCUCGGUGACUCCCCCACCUCCCUCCUCUUUCCCUGUCCGGUGCGGGUCACGGCAGCGGGGGCCCCCGGAGCGCUGAGAACACUGAAGAUGAGUCCCACCCAAUGGGACUUUCCUGUGGAGUUAUGUUGCCGGCCUAUGGCCUUUGUUACACUUACUGGCCUCGAUGUAAUUUAUAAUGCUGUUCAUCGUGCUGUUUGGGAUGCUUUUUGUGCCAAUCGAAGAGCUGAUCGAGUACCAAUCUCUUUCAAAGUGCUUCCUGGUGACCAUGAAUAUCCUAAAUGCAGAACCAAGAGGACGUCCUAUGAAUGGUACAUUCCAAAAGGGAUCUUAAAGACUGGUUGGAUGAACAAACAUCUGAAUCUGGUUCCAGCACUUGUGGUUGUGUUCUAUGAAUUGGAUUGGGAUGAACCUCAGUGGAAAGAAAAGCAGUCUGAAUGCGCUACAAGAGUGGAAAUCGUGAGGCAAAGUUUACAAGGCAGAAACACAAAAGUUGCUGUGGUUCUCAUUCAAAAGAAAACCCCUUUACCUCCAGGAGAAGACGUGAUUGCUUCAGAAAGGGCAGCCGCUUUAUGUAAUGCUUGUGAACUUUCUGGAAAAUCUCUGUUUGUCCUGCCACACACUGAUCACCUUGUGGGUUAUAUUAUAAGAUUAGAAAAUGCUUUUUAUGAACAUGCACAGACUUACUACUACACUGAGAUCCGAAGGGUAAAAUCUCAUAAAGAAUUUUUGAACAAAACAACGCACCAGCUUUUAUUUGUCAGACAUCAAUUCAAAAUCGCAUUCUUCAGUGAACUUAAACAAGAUACACAGAAUGCCCUAAAGAACUACAGGACUGCCUACAAUCUUGUACAUGAAUUGAGGGCCCAUGAAACUAAUAUGUUGGAAAUCAAAACAAUGGCAGGAUUUAUAAACUACAAGAUCUGCAGGCUGUGUUUCCAGCACAAUACUCCAUUGGAUGCAAUUGCUCAGUUCCGAAAGCACAUAGACUUGUGUAAGAAAAAAAUUGGAAGUGCGGAGUUGGCUUUUGAACAUGCCGCUUGGAUGUCUAAACAGUUCCAAGCCUUUGGAGAUUUAUUUGAUGAAGCUAUCAAAUUAGGUUUGACAGCUAUUCAAACUCAGAAUCCUGGUUUCUAUUAUCAGCAAGCAGCAUACUAUUCUCAGGAACGGAAACAACUUUCAAAAACACUUUGUAGCCAUGAAUCUUCUGUGAUGUAUCCAAGUCCUGAUCCCUUAGAAACACAAACAGGCACACUUGACUUUUAUGGACAGAGAGCAUGGCGACCAAGGAAUUUCUAAGUAAGUUUUGAUCUUUCUGAUCCUGAAAAAGAAAAGGCAGGAAUUCUUGCCCUUCAGCUGAAGGAAAGGAAUGUCAGCCACUCGGAAAUAAUAAUAACUCUUCUAAGUAAUGCCGUUGCACAAUUUAAAAAGUAUAAGUGUCCAAGAAUGAAGAGUCAUCUAAUGGUUCAGAUGGGAGAAGAAUAUUACUUUGCCAAGGAUUAUAGUAAAGCUUUGAAGUUGUUGGAUUACGUGAUGUGUGAUUACCGGGGAGAAGGAUGGUGGACCCUGCUCACAUCUAUAUUGACCACAGCUCUGAAGUGUUCUACCUUAUGGCACAAUUAAAAAGAUUACAUUACCUAUUCCCUCGAACUCCUUGGAAGAGCUUCUACCCUAAAAGAUGAUCAGAAAUCUCGAAUAGAAAAGAACCUCAUGAAUGUUUUAAUGAAUGAAAAUCCUGAUCCAGAACCUGACUGUGAUAUAUCAGCUGUGAAAACUGCUCAGAAACUAUGGUCUGACCGUGUUUCCUUAGCAGGCAGCAAUAUUUUCACAAUAGGUGUCCAGGACUUUGUCCCAUUUGUGCAAGCCAGAUUUCUAGCCCCAAGCUUUCAUGUGGAUGUGCCUGUUCAGUGUAUUUACCUGAAAGCUGAUUGUCCACAUCCCAUCAGGUUUUCCAAGCUCUGUGUUAGCUUUAAUAAUCAGGAAUAUAACCAGUUCUGUGUGAUAGAAGAUCUACACCAAGUGGGUGAUGUUUUGGAAAAUUCAACCCAGGGAACCAUGUGUCUGGUUCCUGGUAAAACGAGGAAGUUUGCUUUUAAAUUUGUUGCAAAAACUGAAGAUGUGGGAAAGAAGAUUGAGAUUUCCUCAGUGGAUCUAAUCCUAGGCAGUGAAAUUGGAAGAUGUGUGAUUCUAAGUUGGCAGGGAGGAGGAGGAGAUGCUGCUUCCUCCCAAGAAGCAUUGCAGGCUGCACGGUCUUUCAAAAGACGACCUAAGUUACCAGAUAAUGAAGUUCAUUGGGACAGCAUAAUAAUUCAAGCAAAUACCAUGAUCAUUUCCAGAGUUCCAAACAUUUCUGUUCAUCUCCAACAUGAGCCCCCUGCCUUGACUAAUGAGAUGUAUUGUUUGACUGUCACCAUUCAGUCACAAGAGAAGACCCCAAUCAGAGAUGUGAAGCUCACUGCUGGUUUGAAACCAGGACAGGAUGCCAAUCUUACUCAGAAAACUCAUGUGACUCUUCAUGGAACAGAAAUGUGUGAUGAUUCCUACCCUGCUUUACUUCCUGAUAUUCCCAUUGGAGAUUUGCAGCCUGGAGAACAGCUGGAAAAAACAUUAUAUAUUCGUUGUGGAACAGUGGGUUCAAGAAUGUUUCUUGUAUAUAUUUCUUAUUUGAUCAACACAACUGUUGAAGAAAAAGAAAUUGUUUGUAAAUGUCACAAGGAUGAAACUGUAACAAUUGAAACUGUCUUUCCUUUUGAUGUUGCUGUUAAAUUUGUUUCUACAAAGUUUGAGCACUUAGAAAGGGUCUAUGCAGAUAUACCCUUUCUAUUGAUGACGGACAUUUUAAGUGCCUCACCUUGGGCUCUCACCCUUGUAUCUAGCCAGUUACAGCUUGCUUCUUCCAUGACUCCAGUGGAUCAUCUGCAGUCCCAUGUGGAGAAAGUUGUCUUGCAGACUGGCGAGAGUGCUAGUGAAUGUUUCUGUCUUCAGUGCCCAUCAGUUGGUAAUGUUGAAGGUGGAGUACCUACCGGACAUUAUAUUAUCUGCUGGAAGAGGACUUCAGCCAUGGAAAAUGUCCCUGUCAUCAGUACGGUCAUUACUCUGCCACAUGUGAUUGUAGAAAGUGUCCCACUCCAUGUGAACACAGAUCUGCCAUCCUUUGGUCGUGUUAGAGAGUCAUUACCCGUCAAAUAUCAUCUACAGAAUAAGACCAGCUUAGUUCAAGAUGUGGAAAUUUCUGUGGAACCCAAUGACGCCUUCAUGUUCUCAGGUCUUAAACAGAUUCGAUUACGUAUCCUACCUGGCACAGAACAAGAAAUGUUGUACAACUUUUACCCUUUGAUGGCUGGAUACCAGCAGCUGCCAUCACUCAACAUCAACUUGCUUCGUUUCCCUAACUUCACAAAUCAACUGCUCAGACGUUUUAUACCUACUUACAUUUUUGUAAAGCCACAGGGUCGGCAAGCAGAUGAUACUUCAAUUGUUGCUGCAUAGCAUCCAGACCUGACCCUGAGAUGCUCCAAGAGAAGAUCCUGCACAGAUUGGUAGAAAGGCUUUUUUUUUUUCAUUUACAGCUAUUGUUUUGACCAGACAGAAAAGUUAGAACUUUUGAAAAAAAAAAAAUGUAAUGACUGUUGUGAAACUCUUCAAAGAAACUUGUGUUUAAAAAAAAUUUUUUAAAUUCCCUCUUUCAUCUGUUUUCACUAAUAUUUGAAAUAUUAGUGUUUUAUGGGGAGAUGAGAAUACUGUUAUUCUGGAAAUACUAAAUUUUUAAAAAAGUAUUAUUUAAUAUGCACAUUUUGGAUAGAAACACAUGAACCAUGUCAUUAGUGGACUGGGAGGAAUUAUAUUCAGACGUUUUGUUAGCAAUAGUAGGAGCUCACAAAUUUCUUUAUGCUCUUAAUAGCACUUACUAAACACAAAAAUGAAUCUGUCCUAUUGGAUUUAGUUAGCACAUCAAAUUAUACAGCAACACAAUGACCCAUACUGAUAACUGUUACAGAUAAAUUUGCAGAAGGUUGAGGCAGAUUAAACUAAUUUUUCCAAAGAAUAUCUUUUUUUUUCCUCACCCUAAAAUAAGCAGUUCAGAUUUUACAGUAAUUGGUCAUUAAUGCAUAAGUAUUUGGAAAAACAGUGUUUCUGCUUACUCCCAUAUUAUGAAAUUCUAAAUUGAACUUCAUGUUUUAAAGCAGCAUGAGACAUAAGCAUCGUUUCCCAAAAUAAAGGUGUUGGAACAUCUGUGUUUGGUCUGUGUUCAGCCUGCUUAGCAGUGAGGUGCAGUUUCGGAAGAACUAUUUAAAACAAAUCCUAUUAAAUCAUGUAUACCCAAUUGUUGAGAUUUUUUUUUUCACCUUUAAACUUUCUAUGUAUUAAAUUAAAACCUAACUUUGAUUUCUUAGAAAUGUGUUAUUUAAAGUAUAAGAAUUGUCAUGAAGAGAAUAAAUAAUGUAAAUAAAUAAGCUCCCUUUGA